GAUCAGGCUAACACUGGCCUCCGCGCUGCGAGGUGAUUGGACGUCACAGAUGAGUCCACCACACACCAUUGACAGGCACAGGCAUUUGUACCAGCAGAAUCACACGGGCAGUUUGUGAUUGGCUGAAAUAAGAUGAGACUAAAGUCUUAGUGUGAUCCUGAUUAGACCUAAAGCUGUCCCAGGAUGUUAUUGCAGACCGGGAUCUGAACACAAACGUGGAAUUGGACUCCGCUCUGUUUCCUUUCCCGAGAAGACAAUGCCCUCUGUUCUUACCUGUCCAAAAUCUAAUCAAGAUGUUCAACCUCAUGAGUAAUUGUUGCAGCUGGGUCUCCAAAAUACAGGAGCCAAUCAGAAAGGUGACUGUUCUGAUGGUCGGUCUCGAUAAAGCAGGAAAAACAUCCUCAAUCAGAGCGAUGCUGGGAGUCCAACACCCUGUUGAGACGGGACCUACCGGCGGCUGCGUGAGGACCCAGCUAAGGAUGGAAAACUUUGUGGUUACGCUGCUGGACGUCGGCGGUUCGGCAGAGUCCAGAGGAACCUGGAGGAACCUGUACGCCGAAGCGCACGCUGUCAUCUUUGUGGUGGACUCCAGUGACAGACAGAGAAUCAGGGAGGUCCGUGAGGUUCUGGCUGACCUUUUAAAAGAACCAUUAGUGGCCGGAAAGCCCCUAUUGGUACUUGCAAAUAAACAGGACAAAGUGAACGCUUUGCCAGGAAGUGAGCUGAUCGAACUACUGUCUCUGGAGAAGCUCGUGAACCAGAGUCGCUCCAUGUGCCAUAUUGAAUCAUAUUCAGCGUUAAUGGACCUUCGGCGCUGGUCUGACAGAAAAGCUCUACGUGGUCUGCGCUGGCUUCUGCAUACUGUGUACCAGGAUUUUCCUGAGCUUUGUACCCGUGUUGGCCAGGACUGCAAGAUUCCUUUGGAAACCAGGGAGAGGCAGAAAACCAGAAAAACAGAAAAGGCAAAAACAGAGAAAUGUCACAGAAAGAUCAGGUCUGAAUGGAUCAAACAUUUAAACCUGAUCAGUGACUAUUCCCCUCUUUGUUCGAAACCUUUGUGUGUUAUUUCUUUCUAUUAUAGCUUGAGACCCGGCGAAUCAGAUCCUUGUAAAAUUCAUCAGCCUAAAGACAAUGAGAAAAAGACCAAGACUGAAAAAAGGCUGCAGCCCAUUAGAAACAUGCUGCCAAAGGAGUCAGCGAUCAAGAAGCUAAAGACAAAAAAGAAAAAAGACCCAUCUGUCACAGUCAAAAAAAGUAAACAUGAAAAAAACAGAACACAUGAACAGAAGGAUGACGACGAUGCAGACGGGGACAAAAAAGAGCAGGAAAACUGUGGCGACAAAAAAAAGACCGGCAAUACUCGGCACCCCACGGCAAAAACCAGAGAUAAAAACAAACCAAAGGUGAAAAAAGACGAUGAGGAAAAUUCCGAUUCUACUAACAAAAACCAGGAGACCAUCAAAGAUAAAGAAGAGAAAAGAAGGAAAAAAAAUAAAUUAGUGAAAGUGAAACGAAAGAAUAAGAUCAACACUGAGGAGAUGUGCAGAGAUUACACUCAACCUGUCGACCUUUCUGAGACCUUUGAUUUAUACCGGAAAGCAAUCCUGGCUCUGAAGGAACGUCAGGAUCAGAGGCAAUGAGAACAGGGUUCUGGUUCUUACAUGUUGUUCUCGAUAGCAGUAUAUUUUCUCAAGACUUUCUGCAGUCCAUUUCUUUGUCACUGUAGAUAUUCUGAGGAUGACGUCUGGAGCAUUCCUUUCCUACUGCAUAUAUGAU